GGGAAGUAACAAAGAGGCUGAAGUUCUCCUGCCUCCAGACUCAGUGCACGGGGCAGGUCUCCGGCCAUAAGGACCCGUCUGAGGAAGAACCGCCCGAGGGGAAGAUUCACACACUGCGACAGACACCGGAGAGGCAUGGAGAAGCGGCUCCUCUCACUGCUCUGCCUGGCAACCCUGCUGUGUGCCGGCCAGUGCGACGUGCAGAGAGGUGACAACAAUGAAAAUUUGACCUUGAGAACAUUUUACAGCGUUCCUGUUGAUGACGAAUUUGAAGAAUUUCCAGACGAUGCAAUUGAUGCGUCUGGGGAAGAGUCAGGAUUUGAGCCAAUUUUGCCUCGUAGCCGAAGCAUAAUUGUAGAGUUCCGGAAGAAUAUCACAACAGAAGCUGAACACUACCUCAGCAGUCAAUGGUUGACCAGAAUCGUACCAUCGGUGUACACCCUGGUAUUCAUUGUGGCUCUACCUUUGAACGUAAUGGCCAUCAUCAUAUUCCUGUUCAAGAUGAAAGUCAGGAAACCAGCAGUGGUGUACAUGCUGAACCUCGCUGCCGCUGACGUGCUCUUUGUUAGUGUACUUCCUUUCAACAUAGUGUACCGCUUCUCUGGGAAUGACUGGCUCUUCGGAACCGGAAUGUGCAGAUUUGUCACUGCCGCGUUUUACUGUAACAUGUACUGCUCCGUCCUGCUCAUGACCAGCAUCAGUGUGGACAGGUUCCUGGCUGUGGUCUAUCCGAUGCAUUCGCUUUCCUGGCGGACAAUGAGUCGGGCCUGGUUGGUCUGUUCUUUCAUCUGGAUCAUAUCUAUUGCUAGCGUUGUGCCGCUCUUCUUGAGUGAGCAAACUCAACGCAUUGACUCUCUAGGCAUCACCACCUGCCAUGAUGUUCUGGACCUGAAAGACCUAAAGAGCUUUUACCUCUACUACUUCUCCACUUUCAUCAUGGUCUUCUUCUUCUUUCCGUUGAUUAUUACAACCAUCUCCUAUGUUAUUAUCAUCUAUAAUCUGAGCAGUUCCAGCCUCAAAAACUCGUGUAAGAAGACCCGAGCCUUGGUCUUGGCUAUUAUCGUGCUUUGUGUUUUUAUCAUGUGCUUCGGACCAACCAAUUGUAUCUUUUUGAUUCAUUACUUGUAUUUCCGUCAUGGGGCCAAUGAGUCUUUGUAUUUUGCCUAUAUACUUUGCGCCUGUAUCAGCAGCGUCAGUUGCUGCCUUGACCCUCUCAUCUAUUAUUACGCCUCGUCACAGUGUCAGAGGUACUUGUACAGUUUGGUGUGCUGUAAGAAGUCAGAUGAACCCAUCAGCAGUAGUGCUCAAUUAAUGAGUUCGGGAAGCAAAAAUGAGACUGGUAUCACGACUGUCAAGAACAGCAUAUACCGAAAACUCUUAACCUAGACAUGACCAACCUCACCCAGAUACGUCAUGUUUUACAGCACAGGUUGCGCUUUACCGCAUCAUUCUGAUUGUACGGCUUGGGCUGUUCCGUGCAGAACAGUCUUUUGUUCCAGCACUUUGCUCAUAUGUGUGUGGUGACCUAGUAAGGAGUUAAUGAUUCUGUCACUCUCUAAAUCAGGGGUGUCAAACUCAUGGCCCUCCAGCUGUUGCAAAACUACAACUCCCAGCAUGCCCUGAUAGCUGUGGGUUGUCUGAGCAUGAUGGAAGUUGUAGUUUUGCAACAGCUGGAGGGCCAUAAGUUUGACAUAUGUGUUCUAAAUUGUAUGUAAGCAUAUAAUCAUCACCUUCACAAGCUCCCCAGGUAUAUGGGGUAUUGAGUUGUGUUUUUAUUCUGCAGACAGUAUUUUGUGAAUAUGAUCCUAUAUAGAUCUUUACCUUUAAGAUUUUUCUCACAGCUAGAGAAUCGUUGUUAAAAAAGAAAAUUGAGGUCUGCAACUUUUUGAAAAUUUGACCUUCUUUCUCUACAAUUUCCAUAAGAAACUGUUUUAUGUGGGUAGUCAAUAACUAUAGCCCUAGGCCAGUGCAGCAGGGAUGACACGUAUAGGACUGUAUAUGGAGGAAAUGGAAAGUUUUUAGCCACUACGUUUACAGUAGUGAUUUACAUGAACAACUUGUACUUCAGGUUUAGAAAUCCAGUAAAUGAUAAGACUGUGUUGUCAGGACAGCGGGAGCAUUACAUAACGAGGAGCCAUUAUAUUGCGUUGGAGCAUUUCUACUAUAUCAUAAACCUUGACCAUAUUGCAGUAUAUCUGCUGUGCAGGUGCUUGCUGAAGAAUAUUCUUCAUUGAUUACACCGUAGUCAUGUUAUUCUUGCAUUUGACCAAAAGCUUCCAGUACCAGAUCAUCUAGAAUAGUGUUCCUCAGGGCCCACCUGCCAGUCAGGUUUUCAGAAUUUCUAUAGUAUGGAACAGGUGAUAUAGAUAGUGUCAAUGUCAUUCUGUGGGAUAUUCUCAAAUCAUGACCUGAGGACUGGGGUGUAGGAACACUGAUUAAAGCAGCUCUGUCACCAGGAUCAACCCUGUUAUUAUUGUUGGUUUAAACCAUACCUUUAUUUUGUCUGUAUGCUAAACAGCUGCAGAGAAAUCUGCAUUUUUAUUAAUAUGCAAAUAGCCAAUUGGAGCACCAGGAGGCAGGGCUGAAUUGUUUGAGCACUGCUGUGUACCACUCCCUGUGCUCUGCACACACCCCCUCCCCUUAAUUGACAGGGCUAGACAGCAUGCUGAGAGCAGAGCUGUUUUAUAUCAUCUACAUAUCAUAUACACUAUGUACUAUAGCUUCACCACACUGAGAUCUGCUCAGAAAGCUAAUCUACAUAUUACUGCUUUAUUCACAAGCACAAUGUAUGAUCAUAAACACCAGUAAUAUAUGUUAACUUAUAAGCCUGAAAAACACAGCUCUAUGUGGUGCUUCUAUAGCUUAUUGGUAAGUCAGCAUGUCUAGUCCUGUCAGUCAAGGGGAGAGGGGAGUGUGCAGAG